AUGGAUGUCGUACGGAGGGGCCGUUUCCGGCGACAGUUGGCCCGCCCGAAAGACAAGCCGUCGCGAUCCUCAACAGCAUUGGUUGCCCUCACGUGCGCCGCCUUCCUGGCUGUCGUCGCUUCCGUUUUUCUCCUCUGGCACCUCCGCCCGACCGUGGUCAAAGCCCUUCCCUUUCCCGAGGGUUUCAUGUGGGGCACUGCCACUGCGUCGUAUCAGAUUGAAGGCGCCGUCAAAUCGGAUCGCGCGCCUAGCAUAUGGGAUCGCUUCACGCAUACCAAGGGAAACAUCUACAAAGACCAAAACGGCGACGUCACCGUCGACCAUUACAACCGCUUCAAGCAGGAUGUCCAGCUCAUGAAGAACCUCAACACGACGCAUUACCGCUUCUCCAUUGCCUGGCCGCGAAUGCAGACCUUUGCCGACCCUUCCAAUCCAAAACCAAACCCGACUGGUAUGGCGUUUUACAACGCGCUUAUUGACGAGCUCAUUGCCAAUGAUAUCACGCCUUUCGUCACUCUGUAUCAUUGGGAUCUUCCUGUUGCGAUUGAGGAUGCCUUCGGUGGGUGGGCAGGAAAAGGUGGUGUUGUAGACGCGUUUGAGAAGUAUUCCAAAUUAUGCUUUGAAACGUUUGGCGACCGAGUCAAAAACUGGAUCACCUUCAACGAGCCGUGGUGCUCUGCUGUACUGGGGUACGAUUUAGGCGUGCAUGCUCCUGGUGAUAAGUCGGAACCUGGGAAGAAGGUGUACAAGGCGGGACAUAAUUUGUUGCUAUCUCACGGACGGGCUGUGCGAUUGUAUCGGAAGGAGUUUAAGGAGAAGCAGAGAGGGGUUAUCGGGAUCACGCUCAACAGCAACUGGGCCGAGCCCAAGAACGCCGAGGACCCAAAAACGGUGGCGGCUGCACAGAGGGAGAUGGACUUUUGGUUGGGUUGGUAUGCCGACCCUAUCUGGAAGGGGGACUACCCCGCUGUGAUGAAGGAAACGCUCAAGGACCGGCUGCCGAGCUUCACGGAGGACGAGAAGGCGAUGCUGAAGGGAAGCUCGGACUUUUUCGGGGUUAACCACUACUCAUCGGGGUUGAUCGAGCCGAUGGGGCGCGUGAACAAGCGCAACUCACCGUAUUGGAAGGACAAGGGGACGUAUGAGAGCCAUGAUCGGCGAUGGAAGAAGACGGACAUGGGGUGGUCGAUCGUGCCGUGGGGUUUCCGUAAGCUGCUCGUUUACAUCCACCAGCAGUAUCAACCCGAAGGAGGGAUCAUCGUGACGGAGAAUGGGCUGGCGACUCGGGAAGACAGUGUGGCGGCGAUGCAGCGGGACACGCUGCGAGUGGAGUAUUUGACGAGCUAUUUGUACGGGAUGCAUGAGGCGAUCCAGCAAGGUGCGGACGUGCGGGGAUACUUUUUGUGGAGCUUGAUGGACAACUUCGAGUGGGCGGAGGGGUACAGGAGGCGGUUCGGAUUGUACUAUGUGGAUUACGAGACGCUGGAGCGGACGGCCAAGCCGGCGGCGAAGUGGUAUGCAAACGUGACGGGACACAACGCAGUCGUUGUGGAGAUGGAAGUGGAAGGAUGA